UUGUGUGGUGCUGUUUGUAUGAAUUGUUUUCAGACAAUUACCUUGAUGUUUUCUAGCUUCUUGGGUCUUGUGCUUCCACUGUAAGUGACUGUAAUUGGGACAAAUGUCACACCUCUCCUUCUUUGUCUGACCCUCUUUCUGACCCGCUCUCUCUUCUUCUUUCGCCAGGAGGUGUAUCCCCUCUUGUGUGUGCUCUCGUGAUCAUAUGAUGACGGCGUUCCAGGGUGUGUGGACGCAGGAGUUCUGGCGAGCUGUCUUCGGGGAGCUUCUGGCCAUGACCCUCUUUGUGUUUUUAGGCCUGGGCUCCACCAUAGCCUGGGGGUCCCCAGCCAACGCUACCGCCCCGGCCGACAACAGCCCACCCUCUCACCCUCCCGACCUGGUGCUCAUCUCCCUCUGCUUUGGUCUGGCCAUAGCCACACUCGUCCAGUGCUUUGGCCACAUCAGCGGCGCUCACAUCAACCCGGCCGUCACAGUGGCGAUGGUUGCUCUGCGGAAGCUGAGUCUGGCCAAGGGGGUGUUCUAUAUGGGGGCGCAGUGUGUGGGGUCGAUGAUCGGGGCAGGGCUUCUGUAUGCCGUCACCCCGGAGUCUGUCAGGGGUGGGCUAGGAGUUACCAAGGUGAAUCCCAGUCUUUCGGUUGGCGCUGGCCUGCUGGUGGAGCUCCUCAUCACCUUCCAGCUGCUCCUCACCAUCUGUGCCACCUGUGACCCAAAACGAAAUGACCUCAAGGGGUCGGCAGCCAUGGCCAUCGGCCUGUCUGUGUGCACUGGACACCUGUUUGCUAUUCCAUACACGGGAGCUAGUAUGAACCCAGCUCGAUCGUUUGGCCCUGCGGUAGUCACCUCCAGCUGGGAAAACCACUGGGUGUAUUGGGUUGGCCCUGUGAUAGGCGGGCUCCUUGCGGCAGCCCUGUAUGAGUACUUGCUGUGCCCAGACUUCAAGCUGAAGCAGUCCUACUCGCAGGUGUUCUCGCGUGGACGCUUCCCCUCUGAAGCGCAGGUGGUGCUGGACGAGGAGCAGAGAAGCUACAUUGAGAAGCAGGCAGCCUUCACCGUGUUGGACGUGGAGCGUGCCGGGAGGCUGGGGCUUGAGCACCAGCCCGCCAGAGAGGUGUUAUCCUCAGUAUGACUAGUAAGGGGCAAGGAGGGGGAGGACAAGAACACAGGACCGGACGCGGAUAAUGCUAAAGCUAAUGCUAAGCUACGCUACUCUACCGUAGAACGGCUUGAAGAGACUGACCUGCUGUAGAGAUGGACCAUGACAGAGAGGAAGUGUAUGUGUGUGACUGAAAACUGGCACCUCUUUUAACCUUUUAAGUAAGUAGUGGGGUACAUCAGCUUGUCAUACUGUUAGUCAGUCCUCAGACAUUGUACCAGGCCCACUGCAGUCAAUCACAGUGAAUGACAGCAAUUCUUUACAGACUGAUAAGCUGUCAAACACACACACAGGAAAACACACUCAAACACACACAUAUAUGCACACAUACAUAAACACACACACACACACAUAAUUCUGAACUCACUGCACAUUCUGUAUAUAUGCACUGGCACUCUCAUACAAGUCACAUAUACAAGAGUGCUGUCACCCAUAUGUAAAUAAGCACACAUCCAUGUCCAACCACAGAAUCCUCUUCAGAGCCGCAGGCGUCAAAGAAUCUUGAGCUGGGAAUUUAGUUUUCUGUUCACCCUCUCCUUGUCUUCAUCUCCUGAUCUCAAUUUUUUUGGGAUCUAAUAGUGACCCUUGACCCCUCUCUACUCCUUCUCAGGGCAUAUUCAAUAAGAGUGUCUUUGCAAUGUGUUUUUUUUCUCUUUUGUUGUUAUUAUUGUUGCUUGUUUAUUGUUGUGGACUCUAUUCUUUGAAAUCUUUCACGUCAUAGUGCUUCAUCCACCAGCUUUAAACACAUGAUGCCAGUGUUGCUGCAGGGCAGGGUAACCUUUAAGAUCUGACCAGACAACAUGACAUUUGUUCUUUAUAGAUCAAAAAGCAUGACAGCUGUACUUUAUACAACAAAAAAGAGGACUACUUCGUAUUUAGAACACUGACUUUAGAAUAAUGAUAGUACAUUAGACUGCAGAACAUUGAGCAUUGAGACAGUGCAUGACACACCAUAAAGUAGCCCUGUCUCUGUUGUUUUGUGUUGUAGACCACUGGAAUAAUAGCUUUACUGAACUAUGUCUAACUGACCUGAUUUCUUUAGAUUAUAGAAAAUUGACAUACAAUAUGGGAUAAAUGGGUUUGUAUGUCACAUGUUGCACACUAUGAAUACUAGAUUUUUUUGUAGACUGUGGUUCAUGGUGGACUAGUUUACAUUUACUGGAGUAAUUUGUAUUUUACUUGUGACCACUUCAGAAAAGUGAAAAUGUUAUGAAGUACUUGAUUAUUAUUGUGUGUGGAUAAUUUGCUGCUGAUUGUUCAACAUUCUAUGAAAAUUAAUUGACUAACAUCUUUUCCAUGCACACACACCAUCACAAACACACACACACACACACAAACACACACACACACACACACACAAACACACACACAAACACACACACUUAUGCACACACACAUGGAAUUAGUGUAAAGAGAUUUCCUCAUACUAGUUUAAUUAUUUCCAGUAUGUUUUUGAUUUAAUUUGUCCAGGUUUUACAAGGAAUGUACGACCGUAAUAACUUAAUAAAAUGUGGCUAUCGGCACUAAUUUCUAUGUUAAAUUCAGUAAA